AACAGGAUGCUGUUGCUACUGGCCCUGCUGCCUCUCUUCCCGCCGCCGCCGCCACCGCCGCCGCUGGUCCUGCUUUUGCUUUUACUUCUCCUGCAUGACAGUUGCUUUCUCCAUCUAAGCAGACAGCAGCUUCAGAUACUCGAGGUGAGAAACAUGCCUUUCAGUUUGGGCUACUGGUUUACCUAAUUGACCAACCCUCGGCUCGGUUUCGGUUUUGGCCCCGGUCCUCUUGACCAGCCGGGAUGGUUUGGAGAAGCAUUUGAAAGAACUGCAAAAGUGGCCCAGAAACAGCCGUCACGAAUUACAAUAUACUUGUAUUUGGUAGUUUGCUAGAGGCUUUUUUUCCUCCUUCCUGCCUCCUGAACUCCUCUUGCUUUUGAUAAUGGCCUUGGACUUGGAAGACUUAUCGAUUUCCCCAUGUAAGAUGCUGCAUCAUUUGGUUGGGGGGGGCUCUGCAUGGUAAUGGACCGUGAGAGAGGCCAGGCCUUCUGGAGGUGAGCCGAUGGAGAUUUAUUCCCCAGACAUGUCCGAGGGAGCUGCUGAGAGGUCCUCCAGCCCCUCCACUCAGCUGAGUGCAGACCCAUCUCUUGACGGGCUUCCGGCAGCAGAAGACAUGCCAGAGACCCAGACUGAAGAUGGGAGAACCCCUGGACUCGUGGGCCUGGCAGCUCCCUGCUGUGUCUGCCUGGAAGCCGAGCGCCUGAGAGGUUGCCUCAACUCAGAGAAAAUCUGCAUUGUCCCCAUUCUGGCUUGUCUAGUCAGCCUCUGCCUCUGCAUUGCCGGCCUCAAGUGGGUGUUCGUGGACAAGAUAUUUGAGUAUGACUCUCCUACUCACCUUGACCCUGGGGGGUUAGGCCAGGACCCUAUUAUUUCUCUGGAUCCAACUGCUGCCUCAGCUGUGUGGGUAGCAUCUGAGACAUACACUUCACCUGUCUCUAGGGCUCCCUCUGAAACUGAGGUUCAAGUUACACUGCAAGUUGACAAUGCUGUUGUGUCCUCCCAACCCGCAGCGGUACCCACCCCGAAGAAUCGUAUUUUUGCUUUUUCUUUCCUGCCGUCCACCGCACCAUCCUUCCCUUUCCCCACACGGAACCCUGAGGUGAGAACACCCAAGUCAGCAACUCAGCCACAAACAACAGAAACUAAUCUCCAAACUGCUCCUAAACUUUCUACGUCUACAUCUACAACCGGGACAAGCCAUCUUGUAAAGUGUGCAGAGAAGGAGAAAACUUUCUGUGUGAAUGGAGGCGAGUGCUUCAUGGUGAAAGACCUUUCAAACCCUUCAAGAUACUUGUGCAAGUGCCAACCUGGAUUCACUGGAGCAAGAUGUACUGAGAAUGUGCCCAUGAAAGUCCAAAACCAAGAAAAAGCGGAGGAGCUGUACCAGAAGAGAGUGCUGACCAUCACCGGCAUCUGCAUCGCCCUGCUUGUGGUCGGCAUCAUGUGUGUGGUGGCCUACUGCAAAACCAAGAAACAACGGAAAAAGCUUCAUGACCGGCUUCGGCAGAGUCUGCGGUCUGAACGCAACAACAUGGUGAACAUAGCCAACGGGCCUCACCACCCCAACCCGCCCCCCGAGAACGUCCAGCUGGUGAAUCAAUACGUAUCUAAAAAUGUCAUCUCUAGUGAGCAUAUUGUUGAGAGAGAAGCGGAGACAUCUUUUUCCACCAGUCACUAUACCUCAACAGCCCACCACUCCACUACUGUCACCCAGACUCCUAGCCACAGCUGGAGCAAUGGGCACACUGAAAGCAUCAUUUCGGAAAGUCACUCUGUAAUCAUGAUGUCAUCAGUAGAAAACAGUAGGCACAGCAGCCCAGCUGGGGGCCCAAGAGGACGACUUAAUGGCUUGGGAGGCCCUCGCGAAUGUAACAGCUUCCUCAGGCAUGCCAGAGAAACCCCUGACUCCUACCGAGACUCUCCUCAUAGUGAAAGGUAUGUGUCAGCAAUGACCACCCCGGCUCGCAUGUCACCUGUAGAUUUCCACACGCCAAGCUCCCCCAAAUCGCCCCCUUCGGAAAUGUCUCCACCUGUGUCCAGCACGGCAGUGUCCCUGCCCAUCAUGGCAGUCAGCCCCUUCGUGGAAGAAGAGAGACCUCUGCUUCUUGUGACACCACCACGGCUUCGGGAGAAGUAUGACCCCCACCCUCAGCAGUUCAACACCUACCACCACAACCCCGCACAUGGGAGCAACAGCCUGCCCCCUAGCCCCUUGAGGAUAGUGGAGGAUGAGGAGUAUGAAACCACCCAGGAAUACGAGCCAGCUCAAGAGCCUGUUAAGAAACUCACCAGUAGCCGGCGGGCCAAAAGAACCAAGCUCAAUGGCCACAUUGCUAACAGGUUGGAGAUGGACAGCAACGCAAGCGCUGAGGGCACUAACUCAGAGAGUGAAACAGAAGAUGAGAGGGUAGGGGAAGAUACUCCCUUCCUGGGCAUUCAGAACCCCCUGGCAGCCAGUCUUGAGGCAGCACCUGCCUUCCGCCUGGCGGACAGCAGGACUAACCCAGCAGGCCGCUUCUCGACGCAGGAAGAAUUGCAGGCCAGGCUGUCUAGUGUAAUCGCUAACCAAGACCCCAUCGCUGUAUAAAACCUAAAUAAACACAUAGAUUCACCUGUAAAACUUUAUUUUAUAUAAUAAAGUAUUCCACCUUAAAUUAAACAAUUUAUUUUAUUUUAGCAGUUCUGCAAAUAGAAAACAGGAAAAAAAACUUUUAUAAAUUAAAUAUAUGUAUGUACAAAUGUGUUAUGUGCCAUAUGUAGCAAUUUUUUACAGUAUUUCAAAACGAGAAAGAUAUCAAUGGUGCCUUUAUGUUCUGUUAUGUUGAGAGCGAGUUUUGUACAGUUACUGUGAUUGCUUUUCCACAGUAUUUCAGCAAAACCUCCCAUAUAUUCAGUUUUCGCUGGCUUCUCGUGCAUUGCAUUAUGAUGUUGACAGGAUGUAUGAUUUGCAAGACUUGCAACUGUCCCUCUGUUUGCUAUUUAUAGUAGCGCCCGAUCAGUACGUCUUGUAAUGGCACAUCCAUCCAAAUACUCUUCUCUUUUGUACGAAGUUUUCUUUUGCUUUCAGUAUAUGAAAUGAGUUGUGUCUACUCUGCCAGCCAAAGGUUUGCUUCACUGGGCUCUGAGAUAAUAGUAGAUCCAACAGCAUGCUACUAUUAAUUACAGCAGGAAACUGCAUUAAGUAAUGUUAAAUAUUAGGAAGAAAGUAAUAUUGUGAUUUUUUUAAAAAAAACUAUAUUCUUAAUCAGAAGACAGCUUGCUCUCACGAAAAAGAGCUACCAUUUGCUUUAUUUGGGCUUAUUUUUCUUGACAAAGAGCAACAGUUGGGGGGUUAGCAUAGUAAAUGGGUUCUGGCUUGCUAUCGGGGUAAAUCCAUCACCUUCUAAGAGGACUCCGCCUCACUUUCUGGGGGAAUGACGCAGCAGGUCAUCUAGUUGAAAAUCAAACCGUGGCUGAAAAAGGUGCAAUCGUUCCUGACUUGUGUUUUUCACUGAUUGGGGAGCUAGCCAUUGGUUGUGUCUUAUCAGCUCAAGAACAGAUGUGUUACGGCACAAAAUGACCAGCUUAAACGGCACACUCAGCGAUUUGAAACCCUUCUGCAGUGAAAUAUGCCUGCUGUGUGCGGUGGUGACUAGUCAUCAUAGCGAAGUAGUUCUGUUGUAGAGUAUCUAGACGGAGUGAGUGUCUAGAAGGCCCAGGUGGAGAAGAGCCGUGUGACUUGGUUGCAGUUUUAAAACAGUUCUGUUGACCACGCCUUUCUCCUCAUGACUUUCCUCUUGUUUUUCCAUGUUGCCUCGAUCAGGUCAUAACUAUGCAUGAACAUUUUUGUCAGGAAUGGCCAACAUGCAUGUGAUUUGUGAUUAGCAAGAGCCUUCCCAGAGCGAUGAUUCAUCAGGGAAUGUUGACAGGGUUGGGAAGAUUGCACCUUUCCCUGCAGAAGUGACCCCCCACCUCUGUCCUGGCCUCUCCAUCUGCAGCCUGUAUCAAUCCAUGUCCUCCCCUUUCUUACCUUUUGCUUUACUGUCACAAAACAGGACGGACGAUGGGUCCAAACUUCGCAUGUUCUCUGUGAUCGCAAGUCCAAGGAAGGCCUAUAGCUGUUAAUAUGUGGGAUAAACGCUAAUUCAGGAAAAUAGGGGUAUUUAAAAAAAAAAAAUGCAGGCCCUAUUUCAUGCCCUGCCUGAUAUCUGUCAGAUCGGGCUAGAGCUUUACUUAGAUUCCCGGUGACCUCCUGGGAUCCAUGAGACAAAAUGGGAAACAGGUUGGCAGGGGGUUCCAAACACCAGGCGUGAAGUCAACGAGAGCAGCUGCUGCUUGUUUGCAGGUGAACUGGGUUUAGUUCUUCAUCAAAUGUCUAUGUUAAAAUACUCGGGAAGAAGGGACGUGCAAGGAGGUCGUGGGAAAAUGCGGGCUGGACGCGAGUCAUGUCAUUAAGCAACUUUCCUGUUUCUACAACCCACAGAGGUGUCUGUCUGCAGGUCCUUGAAGUUACUCUUAGUAUUUGGUAUCCUGAACUGUCCUUCGUUACUCACACGCCACUUUGUGCUUCUUUCGGGCUGCCCAAGUUAUUCCGAUUUCCCACUUCUGUAGAAAUGAGUAAGCUCAUGGCAGGGGGAAGAGGGCAGUCCACCCAAAGAGGUCCUUUAAAUUAUUAAAUUAAUAUUGCCUUUGUGAAGGCCUUGGGUCGUUCAGAGACUAUGUCAAUAAAGAAAUUUCUACCAUUAAUGAAAAGUCUAAAAUUUCUGCUGCAAAAAUCUUUGGGCAUUGGAGUAUUCAAAUGCCCCAUUGUGGAGAAUUUCUGGAAUAAAUGGUAUCUGCUGAGAGCAACCAACAUUUUCCUCAGUAUGAAAAUUGCUAUUUACAUUUUCAGGUCGCAAAUAUAUAGGAACCUUUAGGACGAGAGGAAAUUUUAUUUCCAGCUUGAUUCUGGUCACUCAGAGAGGUGGCAUAUUCUCUGGGACAGCCUUUCCUUCUGGAGAACAAGAGUUUGCCCCUGUAAGAAAGGCCAGCUGUCUCCUCAGGGCUACCUGCCGCCGCCACCCACUUUGUGUUCAAAUGGACCUCUCUGUGAUGUUUAGUCCCCACGUGGCUCCCAACCAUCCCUGUCUCUAAACGCGGGCAGUGUAGUGGCAAUCCUACGGAGGGGCGUGAACCCAUGCUCCCAGCAUGUGGCAAGCUUCAGAGGGGUUUCCGGGGAGUGGAAAUUGCCCAGGAGUUUGACGGCAACUGUGUUUCCUGGGUCUGAAAUCCUAUCCCACCGAGGGGUAGUGCAGUAUAGGCGAAACUUCUUUUUCUCACUCAAGAUUCCCUUUCUGUCCUCCUCUCCCUUCUUGCCUGGUAUGCCUUUUUUUGUUUGUUUUUUUUUUCAAGAGUGCCUGGACAGCCUCAUGCUUUCCACAAAAUGGCACUCUGCCUGAGUAUAUGUGAAAUGUGUCCCAAACACCAACAGACCGUAUCUUCCUUGUUUAAGUGUGACUGUCUUGAUAUAGAUGGAGUUUAUCCAGGGUAACUUGCUCAUAACUAUUCCUUUUUUUGGCCUGAGUUAAAAGGUGCAUGGCUCACAUUGGUGAAAAUAAGGAAGGCCUGGUUUUAUCUUUUAGUACUGGCUUCAUUCCACCACCCACAGAGAUUUCUAUCUGCAAAGACCCGUGAAACACUGCAGAGAAGUGCAGGCAAAAGGAAAUGGCCACAUAUCACGAAUUCUAUUAUAUAUUCUUUUGUAAAUACACAUUGUACGUUACUUGGAUGUUUUCCUAAAUCAUUUACUGUCUUUAUGAGUUAAUGUCAGUUUUUUACUCUCUCAACUUACUGUGUAACAUUGUAAAUAACAUAAUGUCUUUUAUUAUUUAUAUUUAAGCAUCUAACAUAGAGUUGUUUUCAUAUAAGUUUAAGAUAAAUGUCAAAAAUAUAUGGGUUUUUUUUGUUUUUCUUUGCUUUAAAAUUAUGUAUCUUUUCUUUUUUUCUUUUUUUUUAAAGAAUAAUUUAUUGUUCAGGAGAAAGAAUGUAUAUGUAAUUGAAACUAUUUGAAGAAUGCACAUUUGAAGGCCCUGAGGUACUGAUAAACUAAAGAAUUUAUUAUCCAAAAUACUAAGCAAUAAGUAAUUGUGAUUUAUUUAAAGUUUUGUUCAUUUUCCAUGAAAGACAUACUGCAAUAAAAAUGCUACUCUGUGGA